GUGUGUGUGUGUGUGUGUGUGUGAGAGUGUGUGAGCGCACGAGCGUGUGCUAUGCCAGCAGCUUGCCAGACAUCAGCAGCAGGUUGAGAACUGACCCACACAGAGCUGAAAGAAGAGGGAGAAAGGAGAGAAAAAGAGGAAUAACACUCCUUCAAUCCGCCCACUGAAGGAACUUUCUCAAACCUCCUACAAAACUGCGAAACCAUGUUGCCAGGAGCCAGGCCCUUGCUGUUGUGCGUGCUAUGCCACCUAACGACCACCUGGGCUUUCAUGCGCAUGUCCGAUGCUGCAGAACUGCGGUCUGCUUUUUCCGUCGCCCGCACGAGCAGCAUGGAGGGAGGCCCUAAAAUGGUUGUCACCUUCGACAAGACCUACGUGAACAUCGGUGGUGACUUCGAGCCAAAAACUGGCCUGUUCCGCUGUCGCAUCCCUGGGGCGUACUACUUCUCCUUCACGGUGGGCAAGUUCCCUCGCCGGGACCUGUCCGUCAUGCUGAUGAAGAACCGCAACGAGGUGCAGGCUAUCGUCUACGAUGAGAACGCCAGUGAGGAGCGCAAGGUCCAGAGCCAGAGCGCCAUGCUGCAGCUGGACUUUGGCGACACUGUCUGGCUGCGCCUUCACGGUGACCCGCGCUAUGCCAUCUACAGCAACACAGGCCACUACACCACUUUCAAUGGGUACCUGAUUUAUCCUGAUAUUUACGACUUCCAGGAGCCAGCACGGAAGGAGCAGGUGCCGUCGGUCACUGACCAUGCGCCGGGGCAGGCAGACGAAGAGGUAAGAGAGGUAGAGGUCAAAGAGGAGAAGAGAGAGAUUGAAGAGGAUGAUGACCAUAGAUCUGCUUUCUCUGUUGGCCGCACCCAGAGCAUCGUUGGUGUUGACAAAGGCUAUCCAGAGCAUAAGCCCAUAACGUUUGAUACGGAGUUUGUCAACAUAGGCUAUGACUUCAAUAUGAGUUCGGGCAUGUUCGUGUGCCGUGUGGCCGGUGCCUACUACUUUUCAUUCAAUGCUGGCAAGCUCCCUCACAAGACCCUCUCAGUAAAGUUGAUGAAGAACCACCUGGAGGUACAGGCCAUGAUCUAUGAUGACAGCGACACAGAGAAGGCCUUGCAGAGCCAGAGCCUGAUGCUGUCUCUGAAAAAAGGGGACACGGUGUGGCUCUACAGCCACCAAAGGGAUGGGUUUGGGGCCUACAGUAACCACGCCAAGUACAUCACCUUCACCGGAUUCCUGGUGUACCCAGAGCUCCCCCAAAACCUCACUCAGCAGCAGCAGCAGCAGCAACAGCAGCAGCAGAAGCAUGACAAGGUCCUGUAGGCUGAACUGGGUCAUCUACCCACGUAUGUUCAUGUCAAUGGAUGGAGCAGAGUAAGGGAAAGCGUUUGACUGGACUUUGACUUGAGUCACACCCAUGUAAACCCUUUCCCUUCGCUCACUCUCACAAACUCUUGCAGGGAGACCUGGGGUUGUGACCUUUUGGUCCUGUUCUGUCCUUUUAAGACUAUGCUAUCUCGGAUUUCUCCAGCUUUUCUUAUUUCAUUUCGUGCAGAGAAGAGACACUUUAAGCACAAAACCAUAAUGACGUAAAUUUUACCAAAAAGAGAAUGACAUUUUGGGCAACAUUGCAUCUGAAGAAUCAGAAUUUUCCUUCUACAAUUGAUGGCUCAUGGAUAAAAUAUUCUCUAAAGCCUUCUCUAUUGAGACUGUACAACCCAACCAGAGACUCAAAGAAAAUCAGAAAAUCAAUGUUAAAUUAGCCAAAUGAGCAGAUCUUUGACCCUCAACAAGCACUUCAAGCGGCUGCUGGAAAACAAAGAUUCCAAUGAGUGCAAAAGUGGGAAAAAGUGGGAAAAACAUGCAUGCACCUUUAGUUCACUCCUUUAAAAUAUUUUGCUCUGAAUCUUUUUUUUUUUGCACGAAAAAAAAAAAAUGCAUGUGUAUUUUGCGAAGACUUCCCUAGCACUUAUGUGGCACUGUACCACUUUUUGGGUGUCACACAAUUUUAAAUGGGUAAAAAAUAUAGUAUAAUAAUUAAUAAAAUGAAUAAAAAAUAAAAAUAAUUUAUUGCUGGGACAUAAUUAAAGAUGGUAUCUUUUUGGCAAAAAAAAUCAUAAAACUGUUUUCUACUCUCAUUUAAACAGAAGCAAUUCAUUUAAAAAAAUCACAAGUUUGCUUGAUUUUACUUGUGCAUGCUGCAGAAAACAGUAUAAUAAAAAAAAGACAAAACAAGCAAACGUACUAUACAUACAUGCUACAUGUGCACAAUUCUGUAUUGUAAAAAUGUCUGUUUUUUAACUGUUUCUAUUCAAAUGUUCAAGCAUAUGUUCCCGUUUUUAUUAUGUGACCAGUGUCAUAGUGAUUUUUACUGUAAUGUGCAGUCAUGAGCAGAAAAUGUUAAAUGUGAAUAGGCUGUGAUUAAGAGUCAUGGACAAGCAUUUUUCUGUUUGUGAAGUCGGAGAUUAUGUGCAGUGUUUGCAGUGUUUAGUGAAUGCUUUUGUGACCUACACCAAAGCAAAAAUGCUCAAAGCAAAAAUGAAUAAAAAACAGAAUGUCUCACA